AUGUCGUCAAAAGACAAAACCAAGUCUUUUACCUUCCCUCGUUUCCUCUUUCCUUCAUUCCCUGAUAAACAAAAUGUGGGGUUCUCCCAGCCAAGCUCCUCAGACCCCACUGCCAAGUGCCUGGGUGGCCAUGUCUCCUACCUUCAAUGUACGGGAUGUGCAGCACAGCUCUGUUUGACAUUCCAAAUCAUUAGUAAAGGUUUUACAGGUCGCCAUGGCCGUGCCUAUCUUGUCUCUGCCGAGUCGGCGGCAGCUGUGUCAGUCAGCGCAUCUUCGUCCCCGACGGCCUCCCUUCCCAACACCAUUUUGCAUCAUCCAGUUCCACGGCAGCUAGUAACAGGAGCCCAUACGGUCAGCGAUGUGAGCUGUGAAAUUUGUGGCAGUGUGCUAGGCUGGAAGUACGUCGCUGCCGAGGAAGAAUCACAGCGAUAUAAGGUGGGCAAGUUCAUUCUCGAGACCAAGCGGAUCACCACCUCAUCAUGCUGGGAAUCCCCAUCAAAGGUGAAUCUGCCUAUCUUUGAGACACACCAGGAAAGUGGACAUGAGCCAGAUUUCCUGGAGCCCGACUUCGACAGUCAGGAUGAGGAUGAAUGUGAGGACCUCUUUGCCGGCAUCUGGAGCCCAGGCCUGGCUACAUGUCGCAGAAGCCGUAAAAUUGAACGGCGACCCACGAUGUUUGGAUUGCCUUGA